CUUAGCAUCAUCACAAAAUCGUAGUUCACUACAAGAGUGUCUUUGGGAGUCUGAGAGUAACCAAAAGUCUUAAAGUUUUCAAAAUCAAAACAAAUCGGGAAUUGUGAUAAAAUAUCCUUCUUUUCUAAAUAAAAAUUAUUAAAAACAUAAUUAACUAUGAAUUUCGUCACAGCAUUGAUUGUUGCUAUUUGCGCUGGAGUUGCAUCCGCCCAAUUACGUCCAAGAGUCCCUAUUUCAUCGGCUUAUGAUCGUGAUGCAGUGAUCUUAAAACAAAACUACGACUUGAACCCUGAUGGUUCAUAUGCCUAUAAUUUCGAAACUAGCAAUGGAAUUCGGGCCGAUGAGGCUGGUUACCUCAAGAAUCCCGGCUCUCAAUUGGAAGCUCAGGUUAUGCAAGGAUCCUACUCUUACACUGGUCCCGAUGGUGUUGUCUACACCAUAACAUACAUAGCCGAUGAAAAUGGUUACCGUGCUGAAGGAGCUCACAUUCCAACUCCACCACCAGUGCGUGCAAUUAACGCCCCACCAAGAUAUAACUUCAAAUAAGCCAACGGCCGCCAUCUUAAUAGGAAAUCCCACAUUUGAAUAAAUCAACAAAUUUCAUACUUUUCAACAUUUCCAUUCCCAUCCGCAAAGCAGCAAUUUAAGAAUGCAACAGUAAUACGAACGAACCGACAGGCAUUAAUAACUUCUAAGUUUUUCACAAUUUUUUUUUAUCUUUCUCUUUUCUUUCCACUAUCUCUUUAUAUCUCUAUCUUCUUUUUUCCUUGAUACUCUUUCUUAUUCAUAUAUUAUAUAUUUUGUGAUUGUAUAUUAUUAUUUUUGUAUUCUAUUUUUUGUUAAAUAUUCUGUAAAUUGAUUGAUUUUUUAUUUUGUUUAUAAUUUUAAGAACAAUUUGUAAUGUUAAAAAAAUAAUUUAAAUAAAAAUCGAGCAAAACUGCAAUACGAUUGCACAUGAAAACAAA